AUGACACGCGUUAAACCAUUAACUAAUAUUACCAAUACAAAAAACCAUAAUCUUCGUAACCGAACUAUUCCAAUAAAUUCAUCAAACUCUUUAAAGUUUAAACAGCCCUCUAGUAAAACAAGAAAUGAAAGUUUGGAUCAAUUCUUUAGUAUAUAUAAUGCACGUCUUGCAACUAGCUGUGACUAUUUUGCUUGGAGAAUCUUAAAUGAAGUUGAAUUGCCCAUCAAGGAUAAACGAUCUGAAACAAGUAUCUUUUUAAACACUAUAAAGGAUCUCUCAAAGAAGGAAAAAUGGACGUUACAAGAAAUUGAAAACCGCAAUGAGAUGGAGGAAAAAUGUCAAUCUGAUAAAAUUUUCAAAUUAUACCAAACAAGUCCUCGAGCAUUGGUAAGAUGGUGCGAGAAGAUCUAUAACAGAUCACUGAAAAGAAAGAAAAUCCUGCUAGAUAAUCGUAUCAACGGAGAUAGGAAAAAGAUGGAAGUAUUUUAUAAGUAUCAAAGUCUUCAAAAUGUUCCGAGUCAAUGGAUAGUACGGGAUGUAGAUGGUACAAUAGUAGAUGUAGGGCAAGCAUUUGUAAAAACGAUCAGCUGGGAUGAAAUAAGAAAAAUGAAUUAUGACCACCCGGUUCUAUCUUUUAUAAUUGACCUCACCGAGCCACGAAGAGAAUUAUGCAAUAUACUUUCACCAUCGGUUUAUUCUCGUAUAUUUCGUGCUCCUGACGAUUAUUACAGUGAUACUCCAGUUGAAUUUAAAAAAAUCUUUUCAAAAUUUUUUAAUGAUCGUAAAAAUUGGGACGAAGAUAACUUCGGUAAAAUGGAAAAUGAAGAUAGGCAGUACAUAUUUUAUAAAUUUAUCAGAAAUGUGUGCCGUAAGCUUUUCGAGAUGUGGGAAAUAACAUUAAACGAGGACUAUUGUCUAGAAGGCACUUGGCACCACCAGGUUUUGGAUCCCAUAUUUAAAGAAAUCACAAAAAAAAUUGACGGAUGUUUCUGGAACUGGGGCGAAGCUUGUUCAUUAGUUUCGAGUUUCCGUAAGGAAUCUUACCCAAGAAAACCUGAUUUUUGGUUAUUGCAAGAUAUUAAUCGAACGAUUCAAGAGACUGUCUACGAGGAGGCCUCCGGAAGUCCGUUUGCACCCGAUCAGGAUAAGAUAAAAUCAGACAAUUUCAAAUUGUUUCGGCUAGGACGAGAUUCCAAAUUUAAAAUGGAUACUCAAUUAAUUUCUGGCAAUCUUGAAUAUCUCCAAGAUGGAGAAAAAUUACUGCAACAAAUUCGUGGAGUUGAAGUAGUUUUAUUUCAAGCGUAUGAAACUCGGCUAAAAGUGUGCAUUAUGGAUCAGCUUGGUUUCCCUUUGUUUCGGGUUCGUAAAGUCUUUGAUUUGUUGAUUCCCUAUAAAGCGUUAAAUGAUGAAGUAUUUGUCCUCGAGUUCGUGCAUAGCUUAUGGUUAAUUCGCCAAAAUAUAGUAAGAAAUGCCAUGAAAUUGGAAGAAAUUGGUCAGUCUAUUCGAAGAAACAUGCAGAAGGCACCGGUCAAUCCACCUGGUUUAUCAUUUAGCCCAAAUAUUGAUGACUAUCCUACAUUCCCAUCUCCUUAA